AUGGUGAGUUUUUGAAUUAUUCAUAUUUGAUAAACAUUAUACUCUUCAGGCCGCCGCUUUCAAGAACGAUAAGCCAAUCGCUGACAACUCGGAACAUCGUAUCCGUCUUACUUUGACCUCCCAAAAUGUGAAGCCACUUGAGAAAGGUACGUUUUUUGAAAAUGAUAAUCAAAAUUAAAGUUUUUUCCAAAAUUCAAUUAUUUCUUGACCACGUGGCUGUGUAUAUCGAAAAAAUCAGAAAUUUCAUAAUACCAACUGUAAAAGCCCGUUUUAUAAAAAUUAAAAAGUUGAGACUACCUGGUGCAAUUUUAUUCAGGAACCAGUUUUUGAGUAAACUUUUUAAAUUUUUAAUUCUAAAAGAUACUUAUGGUGGGCCUUUCUGAAAAACAGUGAAAGUGAAUUACUAUAACGCUCCAUGGCAAAAUUUGAACGCUAUUUAUCUUUAUGUCAAAAAGUUUGAAUUGAACUUGUUGAAUUCAAUUUAAAAAACUGAUGUUUGUAUAUUUUUUAUUGUAAUUUUCAAUUAUUGGUAUUUCAGUCUGUGCUCAACUCAUCGAAGGAGCCAAAAACGAGAGCCUCAUUGUCAAGGGUCCAAUCCGUAUGCCAACCAAGGUUCUUCGCAUCACCACCCGCAAAACCCCAUGCGGAGAAGGAUCUAAGACUUGGGAUCGCUUCCAAGUAAGUUGUUUGAAUGUGCAAAAUUUUAAGUUAACCGAGAACUGUUGUCCGGAAAUGUAAAACUUCAUUCAUGUUCCAUAGUAUAAAAACACGUUGUCUGAGUGUGAGAGUGAUUGUUCUAAACUUUUGAUUUACAGAUGCGCAUCCACAAGCGUCUUAUCAAUCUUCACGCACCAGCUGAUGUUCUUCGCCAAAUCACAUCUAUCUCGAUCGAACCAGGAGUCGAUAUUGAGGUCACCAAGGCCGAUUAA